GUGAGGAUGGCCGCGCCAGGUGGAGUCCCACACGUCCAGAAGGAGGAGUUAAGAUCCCAGCGUGAAAGAGUGCGUCUCUCUCUCCCGCUCCCUUUCUCUCUCUUUCUCACACACGCAGCGAGAGACACUGGGCGCGCGCAGUCCCCCGGGGGAAAUGGCCGCGGAGCUGAGCCAGGGCGCCGUGCUGAGCUUCCUGCGCAGUCGCGGCGGUCGCGUGCGGAACGCGGAGCUGCUCGGCCACUUCUGGCGCUUCCUGCGCGAGGGCGAGCACGAGGACAGGGCGCGAAACCGGGAGCUCUUCAAACGCUUCGUCAACGCCGUGGCCGUGGUGCAGCAGCAGCGGGACGGGGCCGCGCUCGUCGUGCUGCGGAGGAAGUUUGCGGUGGAGGAGAGCGGUACCGGUAAGAAGAGUCCGCAGCGGCGCCGAGGUCGGGGAGCCUCUUCCUCCGCCGAGCGGGAGAAACGCGAGUCUCCGAGUCGCAGCAGCAGCAGCAGCAGCAGACGCCGCCGGUCGAGCGAAGAAGUGCUCGCUUCCGCCGGGAUUCUCCACCUGCGCGGCGAGUCCGCCUGUGAGCAGCAGCAGCACCAGCCCCCGCCGCCGCCGCCGCCGCCGACCGGUUCUCCGCCUGCGGCAGCGCUCGCACCUGCUGCCGGCCCCCGGACGAGCGGGCUCACGGGAGGAGGGGCGGCGGCCGCCGCCGAGUCGCAGCGGGAGCGGAGUAGCGGAGCGCUCGUACCGGCGCCGGGAGCACGGAGGAGGCUGCGGUGUCCCGAGCAGCUCCCUGCAGCAGCAGUCAGGGGUGGCGGGGAAGCUGGACACAGGGACUGCUGCUGCCGGUCGAGCAGCUCCUCCUCGGCCUCCACGCUGGGGGAUGCUUUCGGAGCAUCUCCUUCCCCUCCGGAAGAGCCCGGCCCCGCGAUGUGCUCUCGGGUCCUACCCCCUAGUAGCUGCGGGGCCCCCCUGGGGCGCAAGCCGGACAGCCUCGCCACCAUCGGGAGUGAGGAGAAGGAGGAGGAGGAGGAGGACGACGACGACGACGACAACGGCGGUGGCGGAGGGACGGGCCCUGCGGCGUCGGCAUCCUACUCGGACUGCCACCGGCUCGGACUUUCCGCGAGUCACGGGGACCUGGUGGCGCCGGCGCGGAGGGGCCCCGAAGGGCUCCACGCGCAGGACUGGGCCAGCGAGGAGACUCUGCAUCUGCCGGGAUCCCGAGUGCUCGAGAUGCUGGAGCGGGCCCAGGAGGCCAGGCUGCUCACGCUGUUGCACCGUCCCGAGAGGAAGGUGACCCCUGGGCCGACGCGGGACGAGGUCGCGGUCCCCCUGCGUUCGGGCGCCUCCAGGAGCAGGCGCGAGCUGCGGAGCAGAAUGUGCCGCAGUCUGGGAGCCGACCUGGAUCAGCCUUUCCCCGAGGACGUGGUUUCGGCACGACGCAACAGACUGUACCUGCUCUCCUCCUCCUUGAGUAUAAACUACCCACUGUCGACGUACUCGCGCACGCACCGGAGCCCCGCUGGCCCCGAGGCCCGGAGCGGGACCGCGUGCGCCAUCAGGGGCCCUUACGGCCAGCGGAGCGUCCCGGUGCCGCUGGAUCCCAAGGAACACGACUGGCUGCUGAAAGCGGCUUCCGGAAGCUGGACCGAGAUAUACGCUCUGUUUCGGGAGGAGCCGACGCUCCUGGAUAAGAGGGACUUCAUUUCGGGGUACACGCUGCUGCACUGGAUCGCCAAACACGGCGACCAUCGGGUUCUCAACACGCUAUGGUACGGCGUGAACAAGGCCGGAAUGGACCUCGACGUGGACGCCAGAACCACGUGCGGCUACACGCCUCUGCACCUGGCGGCCAUCCACGGGCACAAGAAGAUGAUCCGCCUUCUGGUGCACAAGUUCAAAGCCAAAGUGACUCUGAGGGACACCAGCGGAAAGAGGCCCUGGCAGUACCUGGCGAGCAGCGGCUCCGGCGACCUGCUCCAGUUGCUCGGCUCUCCGAAAAGUGGGAGCGCCGAGGGUAAAAGGCCCUUGUCCUCGGAGAGCGUCCUGGUGCAGCCCAACACCGCGUCCCCCCGAGUCAAGAGGCAAACGUCCCUCGCCGCGCUCCUCAAGCACAAGUCUGUCCUCAAAAUCCCACUUCAUUCAGAGUCCUUCGUGUGACGGUGACGCCGACGUGGCUUCGGACCGCGGUUCUGCUGGAGUCCGUGACGAAACUCGACCGCUUCGCGCUGUUCGGAACCACCUCUGGGAGCCGGUGACCGAGGGGCUCGGGGACGGGAAGCUCCGCUGUCAGUGAGAAGUGAACAGCAGCAACUUUGAUGCCUCGGCUGACAGCAAAUUAGUGAAAACGCGAGAGUGUGGAGUAUAAAUGACUGAAAGCCCCGCCGUCGGGGUUCCGGGCUUGAUGAAGCGUGCUGGAGAAGUGUCCUUUUGUGUUUCGCCAGAGGGCCGCCCGCCAUUGAAGCGGAGAGUGACGGACGGGCCGUUGGCCGCUACAGAUGUGGAAUUUCAAAGCGUAGCUCGAUCAAAAACGGCCUGUGGUCCUGCUCGAAAGGACGAGAACUUUGGCUUUUUUACGCGGGCAGCGCAUUUCCAAAGAUCUGCAGGCAAGUCUGUGCUUGUCCUUGUCGGAUGUAGUUGUCUUCUCGAGUUCAGGUGUAUUGAGAACGAGGCUGUGCUCGUACUUGGGUGUGAUGAUUUUGUAUGAAUAUUUUUAUAAAGCUGUAUCAUUUAAUAAAAAGAGUGCGCUAAACUGA